UGCUUGUGUGAAAGCGUGUGUGUAGAAGAGUCAGCAGGUGCCUGGUAGCUCCUUCCUCUGACCUUGGCUACAGAGAGAUGGGGAGAGAAAGAGGACAGAGUGUGUGUGUGUGUGUGUGUGUGUGUGAGUGUGUGCUGUGUGUGUGAAGCAGUGGAGCUAAUUCCUGCACUGCAGCUGUGUAUAUGAAACCAGAGUUAAUGUGGCACCAACAGCUCUAGAUCCAUUUGGGAACUUGCCAGAGAAAAACAGAGCGAGAGACGAGGAAGGAAAAUCAUGUCAGCAACGUGUACACACCGCAGAGAAGCAGCACGAUGUCCUGUGUCCGGUGCAUUCUGGAGGUGAGCUGACUCCUGUGCAGGUCACUGCGGGUCGUGUGAGGAGCUAAUAUGUGGGUCGGCCAGUCUGAGUCGUGCCAGGCACACGCGCUGUUCGAUGCCUUCGUGCAGGCAGCCACGUGCAGGGAGACCCUCAGGGCCUUCCAGGAGCUGUGUAAAGAGCUGAAGCUGCAUCCAGGCGGUCAGCCGCAGUUCUACCACACUCUGAGGAGCAGACUGCACGACUGGAAGGCCAAAGCACUAUGGGCCAAACUGGAUAAAAGAGCCAGCCAGAGAGAGUACAUGAGAGGCCAUGCUUGCACCAGCACCACGUGUCUGAUCAUAGGUGCAGGUCCGUGUGGAUUGCGGACAGCUAUAGAGCUGCGAUUUCUGGGCGCCAGGGUGGUUCUGGUGGAAAAGCGAGAUGCUUUCUCACGGAACAAUGUUCUUCAUCUUUGGCCCUUCACCAUCCAGGACCUCCGUGGUUUGGGGGCCAAAAAGUUCUACGGGAAGUUCUGCGCUGGAGCCAUAGACCAUAUUAGUAUUCGUCAGCUGCAGCUGAUGCUUUUGAAGGUGGCCUUGUUAUUGGGAGUUGAGGUUCAUGUGAAUGUGGAGUUCAAACAUCUAGUGGAACCUCCAGAGGACCAGAAGAAACGUGUUGGUUGGCGAGCAGAGGUCCAUCCCAGCUCACAUCCAGUCAAUCAGCUGGAGUUUGAUGUGGUUAUUGGGGCAGAUGGUAGAAGAAACACUUUACCAGGGUUUCGCAGGAAAGAGUUUCGUGGGAAACUGGCCAUUGCCAUCACGGCGAAUUUCAUCAAUCGCAACACCACUGCCGAAGCUAAAGUGGAGGAGAUCAGCGGUGUCGCCUUCAUCUUCAACCAGAGGUUUUUCCAGGAUCUUCGGCAGGCUACCGGAAUUGAUCUGGAGAAUAUAGUAUAUUACAAAGACGACACUCACUACUUUGUAAUGACCGCCAAAAAGCAAAGUCUUCUGGACAAAGGAGUCAUUUUGCGCGAUUACGCUGACACUGAAAUGCUGCUGUCCAGGAACAACGUGGACCAGAAUGCACUGCUCUCGUAUGCUCACGAAGCUGCUGAUUUCUCCACCAAUCAUCAGCUCCCCACGCUGGACUUUGCCAUCAACCACUAUGGGCAGGCAGAUGUGGCCAUGUUUGACUUUACCUGCAUGUACGCCUCUGAGAACGCAGCGAUGGUGCGUCAGCGCAGGGGACACCCUCUGCUGGUCGCUCUGGUGGGGGAUAGUUUACUAGAGCCAUUCUGGCCAAUGGGAACAGGAAUUGCUCGGGGCUUCCUGGCAGCCACGGACACGGCCUGGAUGGUUCGCAGCUGGGGUCAAGGCAACACCCCUUCAGAGGUUCUGGCUGAGAGAGAGAGUGUGUAUCGGUUGCUUCCUCAGACAACACCAGAAAACGUCAGUAAAAACUACAACCAGUACAGCGUGGAUCCUGCUACCCGCUAUCCCAACAUCAACAUGCAGCUCAUCAGCGCUGCUCAGGUGCGUCAUCUCAUAGACACAGGUGAGGGUCCGGUUUUAAAUCUUGAUGCGGUCAGCUCUCCACACCCAAGACUCACACGGCAAGGUGUGUGUUACUUUAUACACACCAUCUACCACUUAUACAGUCAUACACAAUCUAACAUGCUGUCUGUGUGUGUAGAGUCAAUGGCUCGUUACAGUAAGCUUCUGAGCUGGUGUCAGGAGCAGACGCAUGGUUACAUGAACGUAUGUGUGACAGACUUCACAACUUCCUGGAGGAGUGGCCUGGCCUUGUGCGCUCUCAUACACAGAUUCAGACCUGACCUCAUUAAUUUUGCAUCUCUGGAGGAGAGUGAACCAGAGCUCAAUGGUCAGCUGGGUUUGGACAUGGCGGAGCUGGAAUUUGGUAUUUGUCCUAUUAUGACCGGCAAGGAGAUGAGCGCACUGGAAGAGAGUGACUCUCUCUGCAUGGUCAUGUACCUCAGCCAACUUUACGAGCUCCUCAAAGACACAGCGCCAGCUAGUGGAAACCUGAGCUCAGAAGGGAAAGUAGGUCCGUUCUCUAGCCCGAAGUCACCAAUCUCACUGCUCAGCAAACUGGGACAGAGUCUGUCCCGCAAACGCAAUCCCAAGGUUCACACACACUCACAGGAUAAGAAAGAGAAGGAAGCAGAUAGUGUUGGAAAUGGAAAGAGGAGGAGAACAAGCCAGACUGGCCAGUCAGAAGAGGAUGAUGUUCCUCAUGACAGCAAAGAAAAUAAAACUUCAGGAGUAACUCCUGUGUCAGAAGCAAAGGUCGCUGAGGGUCAAGGCAUGGUUCGGUCCAUGACGACGCUACUGCUGGCUAAAUUUGAGGAAAACACACCACUGGCCUCAGCCAAUACAAUUCGCAGACAGAGCUACGUUCAGAUGUAUACGGGCGGAGUGAGCUCAUUGGCUCAGCAGAUAUCCAAUCAGAUUCAGAGUCAGCAGGAUCAAUCUCCCAAGCUCCUUCACAGGAGGGAGUUGGGUUCUCAAAAGGAGUUUCCUGUGAAUAUGGGCAGCAGUGAUGUGUGUUAUUUCUGCGGCCGUCGCGUUUAUGUCAUGGAAAGGCUGAGCGCGGAGGGAAAGUUCUUCCAUAGGAGCUGCUUCCAGUGUGAUCACUGCAGCACCACGUUACGCUUGUCCAACUACGCUUACGACCAGCUACAUGGAAGGUUUUACUGUAAGCACCACUUCAGCUACAGAAUGACUAGCGUGGAUCAGAGAAAGAGACCAGCCCCACCUGUGGCCCCUCGAUCUACUCAGGCUCUCCCUGCUCCGUCCUCGGCUUCUACGUCUUUGUCCUCUCUAGGGUCAGUGGGCACAGCUACCCCACCAGACUCUUGGUCCUCCAGCGCCCAACCAGACAUAGUAUCCAGCCUGGCCAAGAGACUGUGUGGUACCCCAGAACGCAUUGAGCUGGAGAACUACAAACCCUGCCCAAAACAACAGGACAGCCCACUGCUGGAGGUCCCAGAGGAGACGCUUGCACAGCACAACCUCAGUGCUAGCCUGCAGGAGAAAAACACAGAGGAGCAGUCCAGUAGCUCUGAGUCAGACCUAGAGGAGGAGGUUGUCUGGAAGGAGGAGGGGCCAAACAUCAGGACCAAUGAACAGAGAGAGUUUGACCUGGAGGAGGAGCUAAAAGAGGAAGAGGGAGGAGAGAACCAGGAAAAACAAGAGGAGGAGGAGGAGGAGGCCGAAGAUGAGGAGGAGGAGGAGGAGGAGGAAGAAGGAGAAGUUUCCGAAGAAGAACAAGACGAGGGAGUUUCUAGUGAUGAGGGUGAGUACUGCCCUUGGGAGAGGGAACGGCUCUCAGGGGUGUGGCUUGAGGAAGAGGAGGCGGGGUUUGUUAAAGAGUCUUAUGAAGGAUACAGUAACGACAAAGAUAUAGACACCAGUUCAGUCAGAGAGUCCAAUCCAUGUGACCAACAGGAACAAGACGAAUCUGUUUCAUUGCACCAGUCUUCUACUGAGUCCCCGCCCUCCUUGAAACCACUAGAAUCAGGUCCCACACCCACACCUGAGCUAUCAACGAAUCCAGAGAACCCACCUGUCAAGAGGUCAGAGGUUGUAGAAGAGUUCUGGCUGAGGAGUGCCGAGAUCAGGAAGAGUUUAGGCCUGACUCCUCUGUCUAGAGAAUGCGACCCCAAACAUACAGCAGCCCAAACAUCUAACAUUAAAGAAAGCUUCUACACCUCAGUCGCCUACAUAACGUCCUGCAAUAGCAAUUCUGCCAAACAAACACCAAGAAACUGUGACUCCAGCACACAAACUCCAUCUCAAAGUACAUUCCUGCCUGAACCAUCUCACACUAUGGAGGGCAAUGCAGGCAUCACAUUAGAAGAGCCGAUAGGCCGCUCUUCUGUAAUCCACAGACUAAGCAUCACUGUAGAAGGUUGUGUGAUGGGAGACAAGCAGGAUUUGGAUAUCAGUUCCACCUCAUUUGGAAAUGAAAGCAUUUUAAAUCCAGACACAGGUCUUCCUACUCCUCCGUACAGCCCAUCUAGUUCCCCUCUUGUCAACAAGCAAUGUCGUGCCGUUCACCAAUCUGAACCGAUACUGGACCGAGAGGUUAUGGUCUUCUCAUCAACCAGCGCUACUCCUAUUCCACAGCGGGAUGGUUUUAAACCUGAGCUCAAUCAAGCUUGGAGUCUUCCUCCGGAUGAAAUUGAGAUCCUGUGUGGAGACGAGGCGGAAGGGGCUUCCAGACUGCCAGAAAGAUCCGGUGUCACGGAGAACGUAUGCCAGAUGGACAACCGUAGGCUGGAGCACAGGAGGACGCUUCCAGACCGGUUGGUUGCCCCAAUGGACAAUGGCUUGGAGGAGAAGGAGAAAAAGCGCAGCUCGCUGUUCUUGCCCCGUAAAAGCAGGAAGAGUAUGAAUGCAGCGGCUGAGGCCCAGCAGAAGCCAGGAAAGCACAAGUCCCUCUGGAAGACUGUUUUUUCAAAGUAUAAAAAGGACAAGAAGAGGAAGGAGGCUACGAUGGUGGCAGAAACUCUACCUGCCGCAACUAACACCGAGACCAAGCGGAAGGUGUCAGGAAUGAACAGAACAUCAGACCUGUGUUUCCGGAAAAAUCCGAGUUUCUCUGAAGACACAGACUUGUCUUGCCAUGCUCUUCUAGAAAGAUGUCCACUCAGAGCUCAGAGAGCAGAAACGGAGGAGGAACUCAACGCCAAGCUGACACGGCGAGUGCAGAGAGCAGCGCGCAGACAGGCCAAGCAGGAGGAGCUGCGGAGGCUGCACAGGGCACAGUUAAUCCAGCGUCAGUUGGAGCAAGUGGAGGUCAAGCAGAGGCAGCUGGAGGAGAAGGGUGUAGCUGUGGAGAAAGCACUCAGAGGCGAAGCAGUCGAGCCCUUUCUAGGUUCCCCUCGUAGAAGGCCUGUCUAUCUCUGUCCUUGCUGUUCCUCAGAAGCCAAAGCUAAAGGGACAGAACACGAUCAUUCAGUUUAUAUCUGUACAGUCUUUUUUCUUUAUGUAGUGCAAGAACCUCCACUUCACCAGCUAAGAAUGGGAAAGAAAGAUGACCCUAGUUUAAUGCACCAGUGGUUUAAGCUGGUGCAGGAGAAGAAUGCCCUUGUGCGCUAUGAAUCUGAGCUCAUGAUAUUUGCACGUGAGCUGGAGCUGGAGGACAGGCAGAGUCGACUACAGCAGGAGCUGAGAGAGCGCAUGGCGGUGGAAGACGAUCUGAAGGGGGAGGAUGAGCUGGCGGAGGAGAGGCGUAUCUUGAGCGAGAUGCUGGAUGUGGUGGAGCAGAGAGAUGCCCUGGUGGCCUUGCUGGAGGAGCAGCGAGUGAGAGAAAAAGAGGAGGACGGUGACCUGGAGGCCGUCAUGCUUUCUAAGGGUUUCAGUCUGCAAUGGGACUGACUUGCACGUGCACAAAUCUCAUCAUACUGCUUGAAGGGCUGCUCUGUGUCUGUUUGCACAACCAAAAUGCACAGCUGCUGUUUUCAUCAGUCUGAACCGGCCCGUCCACAUGCACUCUGGGCUGUUUGUGAAACUACAUAGCUGUCUAAAUAAUGAAUCCCAGGAUUCGGCAAGAGACUGCAGGCUCUGAUUAGAAUGAAUGGCAAUGUCUUGCUGCCAAAUAAUGCUAUUCUAAGACUGCUACGCUAAUAUGCAAAAGAACAUCUUUUUGUUUGCUCUCUUUGUUGAUAAAGUUAAGGUACAUCUGCAGUGUUAUCCAGAUCCAGCGCGUUUAGGCUUAACAGAAAUUAAUGUAGAAUGGCAUAUAUAACCACAUUGUCAAUUUGCAGUAGAGAUUGGAGCAUGUAAACUUAAAUAUACAAAAAAAAAAGGCUUCUUAGUGUAUGAUUGAAAAAACAAUUUGACCUGAUUUAGGGCAACAGUUUCUGUUGUUUAACCUGUAUAAGUCAACUUCACACAUAGUUGUCCAUUCUCAAUAUAUUCACAUUCAUUUACUGGAUUAAAUGUCUUUUUUUAUUUUUUAUUAUCCUGCACAGAAUUUGUUUUACAUUUUGUUGUCGCUAUAUUUAUUCUGUAAA